AUGGCCGAACACCAUCCGCUUCCCGCGCUGCCUCCCCAGCACCAGCAACCGAAUCAACACUAUCGGCAACAAGGCCCCGUCUCCUACAACGACAACCAGGCCCAGUUCCCGCCUCAUCAGCAGCAGUACGACCAAGUUCAGCCCGUCCAACCGCCUCCCAACGUCCAGGCCCAGGCCCCGGCCCAGGUGCAGUCCCAGAAUCAACCUCCUCAAAGACACUCCAAGUCCCGGUCGAGGACUUUCAGCUUCCAGUCCAACAAAUCCCACAAGAGCUCCGGGAGUCACCACAAGAUCGAUCUCCACGAGACACCCGAAGAGAAGGAAGCAAAGAGACUACACAGCAAAGCCGAUCCAACCGUCGCCAUGAGUGAGGCCGAACCUGCUUCCAAAGCCGCCGUUCAGGCAAUGACCAAGACUUCCUUGGCUCCAUUGCGCGCCAUCCAGCACAAAGAUACGACCGGUGCUCCAAUUGCUGAACCCGACCGAUCCAACCCCACGCGUAGCCGGUGGGAACGACCUCUUGACACCAUUCGCAGUUUUGAGGCUGCCAUUGAUGGAGGCUAUCGUGACCGGGACCGGCGACAGUCUUACAUUCGCUCGGAUACAGAGUCAGUCGCAACAUGGAACAGACGCAGCAGCUACUAUGCUACCAGUGGAGGUCGCCAACCCCAAGACAGCUAUUACAGUGGUCGCCCGGGCUCGUUCCGCCCGGAGGGCAGCCAGAUCGAGAUGGGGUCCAACCGACAGAGUUACUAUGAUCAGCACCAGAAUGGUGGGGGAUAUUACAAUGGUGGCAACAACAUUCCCUACCGACAAAGAGUCCCUAGGACGCAAACUGAUCCGCACAUGAAUGGCUACGCACGCGGCGAUCAAAACGUUUAUCCCCUGCCCAACAAGGAUCGAUCAUAUGAGACUGUUACGUCGGCAGCCGCAAGUGGAAGCUCAGCAGAGCAUGCAGGCUACCAUACCGACCCGACUAGUAGCGACAACAGCUCCAUUGAGCGUGGCGGUCCGGCCCACAGGCCUGAACCCGCCAACGACUACGGCAUUGGCUUCAACCAGGACCAAGGAUAUCAGGCCCCUGCUGUGAAAUUCGACAACGGCGCGCCAAAUGGAAAGGGACAUGCUUAUCAAGCGGUGAACAACGGAGCUCAGGUACCCCAGCAGAGCGCCAACGUGCUUCGGAGACCAGUGGGCACCUCGCCACCGCAACAGCAGCCACAGGCGCAGCCUAGACCUGCUGAGCCGGUGAAGAGAAAGAGCUGGUUUUCUAAGCGUUUCAGCAAAUCGCCUUGA